AUGGCUCGGCGGAUGAUAUGGGAUAUGCAAAGAAUCGCUGACCACCUCGUAGACGAAGACGAGACGUCGCGGGAGACUCAGCUGAGAAAUUGGACUAACACGAUUGUGCAGCAGGCGGCUGAGAUCCGUCACGAACGCUACCUCCAAGUAUAUCGUGAACGCCGAGUCCGUGUGGUUUCCGCUUAUUUCUCAAAAUUAUUGUGUUGGCAAGUACGUUCGGAAGAUGAAGCUCGCUUCCCAGUGGGUGAAGAUUACGAGUUCGUUCGACUGCCCAGCUUCCGUCGGUGGGUGAGGGUGGAGGAACAGCUCGUCUGUCAUUUGGUAGACCUGCUCAUCGACCAGCAUGUUGCCGACUGUCGUCAGAUGGGAAGUCCUCAGACGCGAGAAGAUGUUAUCUGCAGUCUACGUCGGGAAGAGCGGUUCCGUUUUUCAGCCUCGGAAGAGACCUUCAACCAGCUGUACGAUAGGUCUGUACGGGAGACAGCAGCCCGGGUGGCAGCUGAAGAGGCGUACGAGUACGCGUGGAAGGCGAGUUGUAACGCAAUCACGCUGGUAAGCGACGUGGCUGCAGCAAUUGAUGAACCGCUUCUUGUGCCGCCUUCGCCGAGUGUCCCAACCCAGUGGGGGCGUUUCACCGCACGGCCUUUAGAUCCAGAGGACUUGAUCUGUUCAGCGCCAUUUGACGUCCUGCUCACUUCUGAAGACCGAGAAAGGCUACGGAGAACCUUAAGUGAUGCGCUCCGGAGUCGUGAAGCCGAGGCGGCAAAGUUGGAGGAACAGGAAGCUUCCCAGCUCUUGUUAAGUCUGGAAGCCAUUGUCUGUGGGUGGAUUUCAUUUUACUUGCGGGAAGAUCUUUAA